AUGAUGAAAAGACAGUUCAAUCGAAUGCGGCAGCAGCUGCCCCAUCCCCACCUCAACCUCCGAUCCCAAGAAUCAACUGAGCUCCUGUCAGAAGAUUUGCUGCAGAUUGAGCAGAGGAUCGAGCCAGCCAAGCGAGCAGCUCACAGUGUGUCCAAGAGGCUCCAAGCCUGCCUGCAGGGGCAAUGUGGCUCCGAGAUGGACAAGCGAGUGAAGAAGCUGCCCUUGAUGGCUCUGUCCACGACAAUGGCUGAGAGCUUCAAGGAACUGGACACAGAGUCCAGCCUUGGGAAAGCCUUGGAGAUGGGCUGCUGCAUACAGAGCUCGCUGGCCAAAAUUCUGGCCGAGUUUGAGAUUUCCCUGGAGCAAAAUGUCCUGCAACCACUCAACAAGCUCAGUGAGGAGGAGCUUCCCAUCAUCCUGAAGCGCAAGAAGACCCUCCAGAAAUUGAUUUCUGACUGGAACACAAUCAAGAGCCGGCUUAACCAAGCUGUCAAGAACUCCAGUAACAGCACAGGAGGUGGCGCUGGCCCGGGGGCAUCAUCCGCUGCCAACAAACUGGAGAUCUUGAAGGAAGAAGAGGAGGAAGUGAAGAGGAAGGUGGAGCAGUGCAAGGAUGAGUACAUGGCUGACCUCUACCACUUCUCCACCAAAGAGGACAGCUAUGCCAGCUACUUCAUCAAACUGCUGGAAAUCCAAGCCCACUACCACCGGCAAUCACUGGAAUCCCUGGACUCAGCUCUGGCAGAGCUGAGGGAAAGCCACAGCCAGACAGACCCCUCCUUUGCUGCAGACACCCCAGUGGCAGGGUACUAUGGUGUGUCCCUAGAGACACACCUCAAGAGCUUGGGUCGGGAGAUCGCACUGCCCAUUGAAGCCUGUGUCAUGAUGCUACUGGCCUCCGGCAUGAGGGAGGAGGGACUCUUCCGGUUGGCAGCAGGUGCCUCAGUGUUGAGGAAGCUGAAGAGCAGCUUGGCCAGUGGCUCCAAUGCUCUGGAGGAGUUUUACUCAGAUCCCCACGCCGUGGCUGGUGCACUGAAAUCCUACUUGAGGGAGCUGCCCCAGCCUUUGAUGACCUUCGAGCUCUAUGACGAAUGGAUCAAAGUGGCCAGCUUAAAGGACGUGGAGAGCCGUGUACAGAGCCUGCAAGAGACGUGCAGCCGCCUGCCCCAGGACAGCUACAACAAUCUGAGGUAUCUGAUCAAGUUUUUAGCCAAGCUGGCUGAACACCAGGAGGUGAAUAAAAUGACCCCCAGCAACAUUGCCAUCGUGCUGGGCCCAAACCUGCUGUGGUCACAGCAGAGCAGGGGAGACCCCAUGCAACUGGACUUGGCCUCAGUCUCCUCCAUCCAGGGUGUGGUGGAAGCCCUCAUCCAGAAUGUGGACACCCUCUUCCCUGGAGAGGUAGACUUCAAUAUCUCAGGCAUGUUCACACUGCCUGCAAACAGUGGGCUUAGCAAGGCUGCUCCAGCAGAAGAACUGACCCCCAAGCCUCCCCCAGCCAGCACCACCCCCCUUCUGGAUGGAGAGGCCGCGUCGAGGGACCCUGAAGACAGGUCCCAGCCAGCAUCCCCAGCACUGACCAGGACAUCUUCUGAAGCUGUGGGGCCACCAGCUCCGACAACGACUGACGACUCCACACGCAAAG